GCAACCUCGCGGAUAUAAACUCUCAACAGCCAAACACUCUUCUCUCACCAUCGGAUCCGAAGCGCCAUUGACGGCCAUCUGCCCUUAGCUCAGCCCAACUCCACGGCGACUGGUUUUUCGACCGUUGGACACUGAUCUUGGAUUUCUGUACCUUUACGGCAGUUCUCUGCUAGGGUUUUCAUUUGGUUAUCGUAUAUUGGGAUCUAAACUAAAUUAAAUAUGGAAGGAGGAGGUAAUUUGGAGGCGACCAUAGAGCAAUUGCUCAAUGUGGAGAAGCAGAUGAGGCUUGCUGGAGAUGUGGCAGGAACCAAGAAGGCUGCCACUGACAUUCUACAACUCUGCUUUGAAGCACGUGCUUGGAAGACCCUCAAUGAGCAGAUUAUUGUCUUAUCAAAACGCCGGGGUCAACUUAAGCAGGCUGUAACUGCUAUGGUCCAGCAAGCAAUGCAGUAUAUAGAUGAGACUCCAGAUGUUGAAACUCGUGUGGAGCUUAUAAAAACCCUUAAUAAUGUUGCUGCUGGAAAGAUAUAUGUUGAGAUUGAGAGAGCCAGGUUGACUAAAAAACUUGCAAAGAUAAAGGAAGAACAAGGACUUAUAGCUGAAGCUGCUGAUUUGAUGCAAGAAAUAGCGGUUGAAACUUUUGGCGCUAUGGCAAAAACUGAGAAAAUUGCUUUCAUUCUUGAACAAGUCCGACUGUGUUUGGAUCGUCAAGAUUAUGUUCGUGCCCAAAUCCUGUCAAGGAAGAUUAGUCCAAGGGUUUUUGAUGUUGACAUCUCAAAAGAGAAGAAAAAACCUAAAGAAGGUGAUGGUGUUGUUGAGGAGGCUCCUGCUGAUAUUCCAUCACUCUUGGAGUUAAAGCGGAUUUAUUAUGAAUUAAUGAUAAGGUAUUAUUCACAUAACAAUGAUUACCUUGAAAUUUGCCGAUGCUACAAGGCAAUAUAUGAGAUUCCUGCUGUCAAAGAAAACCCUUCUGACUGGAUACCGAUCUUAAGGAAAAUAUGUUGGUACUUGGUUCUGGCGCCACAUGAUCCAAUGCAAUCAAGUCUUCUUAAUUCCACCUUGGAGGAUAAGAAUCUCACUGAACUUUCAAAUUUUAGGUUGCUGUUGAAGCAACUGGUCACCAUGGAGGUUGUACAAUGGACAGCUCUUUGGAAUUCAUACAAGGAUGAGUUCGAGAAUGAGAAGAACAUGCUUGGAGGUUUCUUGGGGGACAAAGCAGCUGAAGAUCUAAAACAGAGGGUUAUAGAACAUAAUAUCUUAGUUGUCUCAAAGUACUACGCCAGGAUUACGCUGAAGAGACUUGCAGAGCUCUUGUGUCUCAGUAUCCAGGAAGCUGAGAAGCAUCUUUCAGAAAUGGUUGUUUCCAAGGCCCUAGUUUCAAAGAUUGACAGGCCGAUGGGUGUCGUUAAUUUUCAAACGGCAAAGGAUAGCAACGAAAUUCUUAACGCCUGGUCUUCAAACUUGGAGAAGCUGCUUGAUCUUGUUGAGAAGAGUUGCCACCAGAUACACAAGGAAACUAUGGUUCACAAAGCUGCUUUGAAAGUUUGAGGUUGCCGUAGCCAAUUGCUUGUAGAACUGGCUUAUUAACUUUUAGACUCCAUAACAAUUUGGUUCCUGAACUAAAUAUUUUUUUUUGGUGGCAUUUAAAUACCCAACUUUACAUCUA